CCCGCCAUUACAGUAUGGCGGACAAAGAGCGGUGCUUGUCAUCGUAACAUUUUACUUUUAGGAUUUCCAUCUUUAGCAGGUUGGAGUGAGUAGACCUAGGUACAAUGUGGCCAAUGUUGUUAGAUCUGUCUAGGGAUGAAUCCAAGCGGAUUCUUCGUAGACUGGAGCUGGAGGCAUAUUCCUCCCUCAUCUCGGCUUUCCGGGCACAGGGUGAUCUCAAUAAGGAAAAAAAAUCGAUGUUGCAAGAACUUCAGCAUAUACUGAGCAUUUCGACUGAGAGACACAGAGCUGAAGUUCGGCGUGCAGUUAAUGAUGAGAAACUGGCAACUAUUGCAGAUAACAUUGCUGGUUCCAACACCACCACUGAGUGGGUGAUAGAAGGGCGUCGGCUUAUCCCACUCAUGCCGAGACUUGUGCCUCAAACAGCCUUCACCGUGACAGCCAAUCAGGUUGCCAACGCCCAGUCAGAGAAGAAUGCCUCUCUUCCAUUCCCAUCUCAAACUGGAAGUAAAGAUUCUAAUGGCAACUUGAACAACAGUGCGACUGCAUCAACUAAUACACCGAUUUCUACCAAGCUGUCACGCCCGUCAAGCCCCACAUCUAAUGUAGUUGUCUUGCCGAGUGGAACGUCUAUUCACAUCAAAGGUGUUGUCAACUCGGAAGAAGAGGAGGAGCUACAGACCAGGAAGAGGCGGCGCAGUCAGUCGAGUGAAGGCAUGAGUUCGUCCGUGGCUACACAGACCCCUCGACUCACAUACACCACCACAGCGUCCAACUCUCUGCCGAGCAUGUCUCCCGUCAAGAUCACCAUCAGUAAGAGCCCACAAGGAAGAACGAUGGUGUCCACACCAGGCUCGCAGCCCCCCAAGGUGAUCUUGGUGACCAGUUCUGGUCAGUCCGUGGCAUCCAGCGUCUUGCAGAAGUCAAUGUCGGUCCCCAUCAUAAGAGCAUCAACAUCAUCAUCCACUGUCUCUGCAUGUCGAGCCUCCAUCAUCGUCCCUGGUAGCCCUCCCAUUACCAUGAGCUCUGGCUACGGCAGCAACAUCGUCACUGUGUCAACUACUUCCAUCACAACAGCUACAUCUCACACAGCUACAACGCCCACAUCAGUGAUGGGCAAUCCCACUGUCACUGUCCCCAAUCCAGCCCUAGCCAAGCCUCGACCCAAGAUCAUCCCACGACCAAGAUUCCCCAACCCACAGCACAAGCCGGGUGUGGUUAUUCCCAUGGGCCCCCAACCGGUCCAACCCUCACCUCAGAACUACCAAGUGAAGACGGUCACAAAGCCUACCAUCCAGAUAAAGCAAGAAGGAGGAAUGAAAAUCAUCACCCAGAGUCUUCCCCCUGGAACCAGUAAGAUCCUGCCCAAGCCGGCACAGUUGUCAGGGAGUUCCGGUACACCUGUCGUGGUUGUCAAUGCGGGGCCUUCGGGAACAGCAACAACUACUGUUACCAUGGUAACAAAACCGGUGACAACUCUGUCAGCUAGUCACACAGGAGGCAAGGUGUUGAACAUAACUACACCAGGGGGGCGUGUCAUCGCUACCACAACAAAAGCAUCGAAUGUUGUCACUGUCAACCCUAAAACUCUACAUCUCACAGCUGUCAAAACUGCCACAGGGACAACAGUGUCCAAGCCUAAUGUGAUAGUUGUCCAGAAGACCCAGCCCCGGAGGUCCCAGACCCCCACCCUCCAGGGAGGAGCAGGGCGCCCCCAAGCAACAGUCAUCUCUAGUCCAGCUAUGUUUGAAAAGGAACUUGUGAACUUCAUCCAGAAGCAGGAGCUGGGGAAGCAGGUGUCUGUGUCCGUGACGUCCGCGUCAGCGUUACACAGCAUCGGCCCCGUCCUCGGUCGACUGCCAGAGAGAAAAGUCAUCAUCACCACAGCAACCACAGGAGAGGGAGGCAGACAGGCCGCUCCAAUACUACACCGAUCUAAGUCAGACCAGGAGGGUCGGACGUCGUCACUGCUGGCGGAGCUGAUACAGGCUGCUGGGAUUGUUCCUGAUGGGGGAGCAGCAGAGGGGGUGGCAACCCAGGCAGCUGUAGGUGGUAACGAGUGGUUCGAGUACGACAUCACGGACGACCAGGUGCAGACGGAAACGACAUCCGACUCCCAGGCCAUCAGCGCCCUCAUGCAGAUGCAGGGAAACACAGAUGGCAAACACAAGGACGAGGAGGAAAGAGCUGCAGCAUCAAACUUAGAACAAAUCACAGACCAGAUGUCGGGGACGCAGUACUACACCAUAGAGCAAGCAAUGUCUUUACUAAACCAAGUGGACAAAGACGGUAAUACAACAACUACAACGACGUCAGAGGAUGGCAACACAACGUACGUCUCCGUGCCCGUGUCGCUGCCCUCCGAGGUGUCUCGUCAGCCUUCAGGACAACCACAGGUAAUUCACAUAGUGAAGCCUUCUAGUGGGUCGUCCACCGCCAAAAUAACCAAAAUUACAAGUGAUCAAAUUCCGCCGACGAUAGUACGGCAUACUUUAUCUUCCUCCUCCGGGGCGAGCGGCAAUACUGAGGUGAUCCAGGGAGAGCUGGACCCCGAGACGGGUCUGUUCUACAAGGACAAGAACAAAGUGCUGACUGUUGUGACUCAGCCCUCUAAAACUGUGACUGUCGAGAGUGGUGGGAGUGUUCCACAGGACACGGAAGUGCAGCAAAACUAUGACUUGCUGAGCAGUUCUCUAACUCAUGCUCAUAUUGACUUAGGUGAUAUACAUUUCAUUGAUGAUGGUGCUGUCUCAGUGCAACAGGUUGGCAAGGUCAUAGAGGGAGACAACUCUGAAUUGACUGCUGGAGAGUCUGUGGUGCAUAUAGAAGGAGCAGGAGGAGAGGAAGGCACAACGAUACUCACCAUCCCUGCAUCCACUGCCAGAGACGACAUCUCACAGGUGUCUGUCCCAAUCACAAUCUCAUCAAGCUCAGCCAAGGUCAAGGUUGGCUCAUCAUCUCUACCUGUACAAGAUGUCGGGAAGACUGCGUCCACUAACAACAUUGUCUCACAGCAUGCACAGUCAUCAGUUGGGUUGAGUCUCCUUGACAAGGUUGGCGGCGAGGAAGUCAUUUCCAGCAGCUCAAACGUCAGCGUUGCAGUGGAGCCGUCGCCGAGCACGCUGGAUGAGCUGACAUCGCAACGCCUGGAGGAGAAGGAGCUCGCGUCAUCGUCCCAGGGGUCGGAGGAGCGGGUGGAGCUUCUGUUUGACAGCGUGGGAGUCAUCGAGGAGGAGAUACCCACGUUAGCCAGCCCCCCAACAGGGAGUGGGUCUGACAGCCAGGGAGAGUUCGCUGUGUACACAGACGGGGGGGCCAGCUCCGACCCAAACAGCCUCUUCCGGAGCAAGAGGAAGCGGAAACCCCCCACAGCAGCUGAUGAGAGCACCCCUCCGUCUCCCAGUGGCAGCUGGAUCAGGAUGGCCCUCGGACUGCUGCAGAGAGUGUCUCGCUAUCGCGGCGUCAACAGGGAGAAAGGGGAGCUGAAUGCGUCCGCGUGGUUUACACAGCCAGUGGACCCUGCUGACGCUCCUGAUUAUUACUCUAUUGUGAAGAAACCAAUGGAUUUUGGAACAAUACGAAAGAAGCUGGAGGGUGGAGGGUACAAGGACCAUGAGGAGUUCCACCAGGACAUGACCCUGGUGAAGGAGAACUGUGCUGUGUACAACCCCCCCACCAGUCGGGUGUUCCGCGACUGUACCGAGGUCUUCACCUUCUACACCCAGGAGAGUGAAAAACUGGCAGACAAAUGGCAUAAAGGGCAACUCAGCUCUCCACCGAUGAAGAAAAUUAGAAUAGACAAGAGUCCUGGGAAGUCUUAGCAGAAACUGCAUAUUAAUUGUUAAGUUUGGUUGUUAUCUAUUUACUCUGUUACCAUGGUUACUUUUUAUUUAGAUUGUUGAACUGGGAGCCCUUGAGGCUCUGGAACACUGGAAGGAAGAUUGUGUUAAGCAUAUUUUAUGGAGUUCAGGGCUCACAAUAAUAUGUGUAAGAGUGCCAAUGGCACUGUUAGGAUCAUAAUGCCAUGGCUAAAAUAGGUUUGCGGUGUCUGGAUGACACACCAGGAAAUAAUAGUGUUUUACCCAAAAUACCAUGUGGUAAUGUUUGUUAGAUGAAGCUGUGUAUAAAAAUUCCCCAAAAUUUGAGUCAGACAAUUUGCCUGGCAACUUUGCAAUGUUACCAGACCAGAUAAAAUCAUGCCAGUCUAGAAUUUUCUUGACAUAAGAAUAGUACCGUUUAAUCUUAAUAUUCUCAGAAAAUAACAAUAAACUGGUAACUCAAGUAACUGUAACUCAUUGAAAUUGUAUUCAUCAAUAAUUUGUUUCACAGUAACAGCUAAUUAUCUCUAACAUUGAAUUAAAACAAGGAUGCUGAGGUAAUUUUGGGAAUACAAUAAUUACCCGACCAUUGGGCGUGCAACUUUUUAAAACUGACCGUCCGUCAGCAAAAACUACUGCCCCAGACUGUCAGGCAGGUGGGCAUUUUCCACAGUGUAUGAAGCAAGUCGACUGGACAGACAACAAGGAAAUAAACUUGUAAUUCACAUGGGAUCCAGAAAUUGAAAAGGAUAUUAUCAGUCUCAGUGAAAUGGUAGGGGGGCAAUAAUUUCUAAAUUUCAACUAUGUCUAGCUCAUGUUAAAAAGACAUUCGAGUUUCAAAAUGGAUAAAACAUAUUCCAAAAGACACACCUUGUUAUCUCCAUUUCUCUCCCCUGAUUCUGGUACAUGGUAUUGCUACACUUGGACAGCAUAGAAUUUACCGUAAUCGACGUAAUAAGCGCCUAGGGCACUCUCAAAAUUAGAAAUAGGGUAAAAAAAAACAGAGUUGAAAGAUUGUAAAUUUCUACGUUUAUGUACCUGAAAUGAUUCAAAAGAAAACUCUCUGCGUAUUAUACACAGCAGAUAUAUUUUUCCAGAAUUUAAUUGCCCAUGAUUAAGGGUACAUGUAACACAUGAGUGCGUAUUAUACACGACUAAAUACGUCUUGUGCACAUUGAUCAAUUGGAAGAGGUGCUACCGGUAAUUGGGAUUGUUCACUAGCCAAUAUAUUAGCAAAUAUCACUGUGGGCGCUUAUUAGAAUGGGGCGCUUAUUACGUCAAAUACGGUAAGUCAUGUUACAAAACCUCAUGCUUGGGACAAAAUAGAAACAACUCUCGUCCUGUACUCAGUGAUAAACCAACAUCACCAAAUAGAUUGGUGGCACUUUGUUGAAUUUGCAGGUUUCAUACGUUAAGUUAAGUGCCAUCAUAUCUCCAGUUUACAUAGUUCUACAUUCUACCAUGACAAACUUAAAAGUUCAAUUCUUGGCAUUGGCACAAAUAAUGAGUGAAGCGACUUGAGUUGAGUCCAAUUUUGUCAGUGGGUUGCCAAUUUGAAUUAUGGAAUCACUGAUAUCAACCUUAAUUUAUUUUGCUGCAUCGUGUCAUGAUGAAAAGGAAGAGUAAUAUAGUGUGAACACUGUAAUUUGACACACAUUCAUAUUUGGUGAAAAGCUUCCGAACUUUCAAUUACUUUAAAGUUUUACUGCCGACCUGCAAGAAGUGUGUUGAGAGCUGUGCCCCAGAAAACGGCUGUUCAUUCAUGGAAACCCUGCUGAUGUAUCAAACCAAUCAGGUGUUCGAAAACAUUGACAUCACAUGACAUUGACACAAAUCAAGGAAGACAAAGCGAAUCAGGUAGAUCUGGUUAAAUCUAAGCCAUUCGUCACUAUUAUGACGUCACAAUUCAAUUGUACUGCGGGCCUCAACUCUCGUCAGAAAAUUGUGGAAUUAAAGGAAAUUUAGUAAUUCUUAUUCAUUUACAUACCAUGUAUAUCCAAGUUUCUUCACUGCCUUGUGAUAGGAUCCAAUACCAGUGUCUAGCCCAAAGUCAUUUAUCUGAAAUGUGUUGUUCAGAAGUGUUUAAUGAAAAAAGGGUAACAUUUUAUUAUUUGAUUAUUUUAUGUGUACAAAGUUCUGUCCAUGGACAAUGGUGUGUGUCGAUGUAAAGGGGGACUUCAAUGUUAUUGUUCUGGAUUUAAAUUGUUGGUACUGUUUAUAUCCUUCCUUAGUUGUAGCUGCCUUUAAACAGUGAUUGUGCUGUUCAUGAUUAUAUUAGUAAGUAUUAAAGGCAUUUUACAUAGCGCUAAAAUCCAGAGAAUGGAUGAGGCUCUUUUGAAGAGGAAUGUUUUCAGUUUCAACUUGUGAUGUGGUUGAGUGUUAAGGCAUUAAUUUGAUUCAGUUGUCAAUGGCAACACAGUCAGAGGGAGUAACUCGGUAUUUGGCAGGAUCAGGAGUAUGUUUUAUACAAGCAGUCUGCGAUGUUGCUACUAGUCCAAGCCAAGAGUCAAGCCUAAUGCCUUGCACUCUGGUCAGGUAGGCUGAUAGUUGUAAGUGAAGACUAAAUUCUGCUGAAAGUCAUGCUGAAAGAUUCAACAAUUAUGGCCCCAGAGUAGACAGGAGAAAGAGCAAUGAAUCCCCUGCCACAAUAUUGCUAAAAUCGGCGUAAAACCAUACUCAAUUACUGAACAUUCAGCGGAUUGUUGAUUUUUUCAUGAUGACAUGUUCCAAUCUGUUGCAGUUCUUUGGAUGUUUAAAAAUAAAUGUAUGUAAUAAUAUCAGAUGUGACUCAUAAAAUAUAUAUGGCGAAUAUUAGAUACAAACUUCAUCAUAUCCUGGAUCAUGUGACGCCGUUUCAACUCCGUUAUUGAGAUAGCGACAGAUCUGUUUACAGUCUUCCACAUUGUCUUCAUCACACUCACCUCCCUGAUGCCUGGCUCUACAAACUGCCAGGCAAAAGAAAGUACACCCAUGUGUGAUGGUGGCUAAAAAUAUAACAAUCACGAAAUGGUUAUUCGAUGGUGAUGUAUUUGAUACGGGUAUCAUAGUUGUGUUUUGGACCUGUUUUGAUGACUGUUUUCAUUCUAGUAACGUUUUCAUAAUGUUUUGUAAUGUUUUGAGUUCGGUAAAAUCCAGUUUUAAAGUGUACAUCUUUUGCCCGGCAGUUUAUUUGACUAUGGUUAACUUAACAUAAAUUUUGAUGGGCCGUUACGUCAUUAUACAUUUCCACAUUACCGAAUCUCCACCAUGAGACUGAUUGUAAUAUCAAAGGAGGGAAUGUACUGCUCCAUCUCUAGUAACAUAUUGUUAUGGUUAAGACUAGUGGUUUACCAGAUAGGUAUUAAUGGUACUGUGUGUCAUUGCCCCUUCACCAAGGCAAUCGUAGCACUACGUUAAGGUAUACGUUAAAGAUGGCUUUAGCGCUACGAUCACUUUGUGGAACGGGCUGUAGUGAUCAGCUGAUCACGAUGUGUAGCUCCAUAACGAGACCUGGUUCAUGCAGUGUAAGAAAUGUGGGGUCGUGAGCUUCUUGAAGUUUGUUCCUAUAGUAUUUCUAUCAGAAUCCCUACAUCUUUAACUUUAACAUAGGGAUAUUACAAGAACUCCUUGACUUUCAUGCUUAGUUUCGAACACUACCUGCUAAGUUAUGCCUUGGUGUUUCAUUACCAAGAGAAUUAAAUCACAGUAAUUAAUUACCAGAUUUUCAUCAUUUUAAUUGCAAUAUGGCUGAAAUACUGCUAAAGUGUUUUAACUCAUUCAAUCAUCUAAGUUUAAAAAUAUGUGAGGUGGGAGGCUUUUAUUUCAAUUAUUUUAUUAAAUUGUUCAGGGCCUCUGUGUCAAUGGGUAGGAAUCAUGGCUGUGUAGUAGGAGGAUGUGUAGGGUGUUUUUAACAAGUGAAGUCGUAAGGGAAUACUGUGAUUUUCUGCUCUGUUGGAACGUGGAGAAGAAAUGGUGAUUUAGGCAGUGAUGAAAAUAUCAUGAUUUGUUAUGGUCUAACAUAACAUCUUUAGUAAACUCAAGUCAUAUUUUCAAUGUCAUUAAAAUCAGAUCUUAAGAUCCUAAGAUCUUGCUACCGCUAAACAAAGAUCUGAGGAAUCCCAUUACAGGCUACGUCCAAAAGACCUUUCAGAAACUUUGAUCAACCAAUGAAACAACUAACAUUAGCCAAUCAGAAAGCAGCUUUAUGGAGCUGUACAGCACUAGUUUCAAACUGACAUUUUUCUUUCCGGACUAUACUUCGAAAAAUAUUUUGUCAAAAUUUGAAAACGGAACAAAUGAACAUUCUUGAAUGUCUGAUAGAAAGUACUUCCCACGGGCUAUGCAAAAUCUCUUCUGUCCAAUUUGGACAAAUGUCAAAAUGUUUGUCCCAUUGAAGCCAGAGAGAGAUGAUGAUUUUGACGGAUUCACCCCGUUAUUGUCGUUCUGAAUACCCCGUGUUAACCUUUUCCUUCCAACUGUCACUUUCGUGAUCUGGUAAGCCACGCUCUGAUUGGUCGGAUGAAAGGUUAUGAGAUAUCCUCAGCAGAAGUGAGAACCAAGAUCUGAUUUUAAAGAUUGGAGUAUUUUAUUUUUAGUGUUCAUACCAGUGCUCUUUUAUGUUCAUGUACCUACCGCCUUACAGCGACAUACAUUCAUUCUCACAAUGCUUGUAUUGGGGGUCAGCAUUUGGCACCAAAUCUUUGGGAGUCGUUACCAUGGUUACAGGCUUAGCAACCAUUGACAAAUAGAUCAAGAGUCAUUGAAAAGAACUUCAUCUGUAUAUAGCUGUCAUCGUAUCACGUUUCAGACUAUCCUAUUGACAAGAACUCACUUGUCACGCCAAAUGUGUGAAGCCUAUUUCUGGUGACCUAUGAUUGUGGGUUCGAAUCCCGGUUCGCCCCAAUUGUGUUUCUAGGUUUGUCAGCACCAUACCCGUGCUCGUGGGUUUCACCGAAGUGGUAAACGUC